GCAGCCCUGCAAGGAACGGUCUGAGAACAUUGAAAAUCAAAAAAUCGCAGGAAGCGCUGGCGAAAAACGCGAAUAUCGAGACGUCCCUCGCCCCGCCCGCAAAAAAUCGCGAAAUCUUACACCGAAACCGAAAUACAAGAUAAUUAAGGGUAUAAAUCCCUCGAAGCGACAGAAAAGCGGGCGAAAAAGGAUACAAUUUCUAGACUUUCAAAAUUCUCUUCAGGAUGUUGUCGCUGUCAUCGCCGCCGUGGCUCUUGCUCCUCGUCCUUUUCUUCUUCGCAAAUGGCUCGGCAACAGUGGUUUCCUUGGCGGAGAAUGUGACUCUGGCGACGUUACCAUCCACCUCGCCAAUUUCCGUGAGCUUUAGCACGACCUCCUCGGUGGUGGCGCCCAUUUCCACCGAAUUGGAGAAUCAAACAGCCAGCAGCAGCAACCUUAAUACAAACAACGAAGCCAGCGAUGAGCAAACUGGCAAUAGCAACAGCAACACGAGCAGUCACAGCAGAAACAUCAAUGGUUUGCCCAGCAGCAACAGCAACAUUGACAAUGCCAACAGCAACUCAAGUUCCGUUUCCUCUUUGAGUACAACGACAUCUGCCAUUUCUGGUGUAGAUCAGCAGGAGUCCCUCAUCCUGGCAACUCCCACUGCCCUGAAUGGCAGCGGUACACCGCCCGAGCAUCAGACAAUUGGUCAGGCACCGCCCACAAAGGGUGAACAGGAGGCCAUCCUGCGAGCUUUGGAUUGGCUCAAGGAGAAGAGGGCUUCGGACUACGGCUGGGGCAACGAUACCCAUGUGGUUAUACUGGCCAAAGAGCUUUCCGGCGGCCGAGAUCCUAACGAUAGUGUAGAUGGUCAUGUGCAGGUCAUCCAAGAGCUGGAGGAUACGCUAUCCGUGAAGGAAAUGGAGAUCGAGAUCCUGGCCAUGCUGGAUCGCCAUCAUACACUCCCAAAGCCCCUGGAUCUCGACAAGCUGGCCAGAUACGUCCUGGCCUUGGGUUCCCUGUGCAAGGACCCGAAGCAUUUCCAUGGCCACGACUUGGUGGCCACACUGCAGCAUCAUGAGCCGGCCCAGGAUAUUGAGUUCGCACUAACCACUCUGUCGGCCUGCAGUUCGGCGGCCCAUGUAAGGAAACGUCAGAUCCGACGGCUCCUGGACAUUGCCAGCGGAGUGACGGACCAGAGCGUUGAUGCCAUUGCCAUGGUAAUUCUAGCCUUGCGUUGCAUCGUCACCGAUCAUCGCCAUCGACAUCUGCAACACUUUGUCCGACGACCGGCGAGGGGACUGGCCACUCUGCAGGAUCAGCGCGGCAGUUUCGGAUCGCUUAGGAGCACAGCACUCGCCAUGCAGGCUCUACAGGAUUUAGAGUACGAUCCGGCUGGACAUUGGAACCGUACAGCCGCCUCGCGCUACAUCCUGAGUCGCCAGCGAGCGGAUGGAGGAUGGAGCGAGGAACCGCUGCAGGAUGGCCAGGAACCCGACAUCGGUGUGGGCCUCACGGCGGACAUCAUUCUCGCUUUGGGCUGGAAGGGAUUGGGUGCAGUGCGGGCACUGCAAUGCGACCAUGUGAUACGCGAGAGCAGUGAUCCUACGGAGAACGGCGAGCCAAAGCUGGCGGUGCCCUUCGGACUUAGUUCCUCUGCAGAAGAGUCGGAUGCCAAGAACAUCUCCUACACGUACACACUUUGGGUGGGAUCCAAUGUGACCGAGUCCUUCUCCCUGUCACUCGUCUCACCCAAGAACACUAGCUUCUUUAAGGCCAUGACCCAAGCGGCCGAAAUGGAUCCCAGAUUUAUUUUCGAGGCUCGUGAAUGGCCCAAUGGUCACUAUGUGCACACCCUGUAUGGCAAAAAGGAGGAGCCUCGAGGGUAUCACUACUGGCUGCUUUAUCGAUUGCCAGAGUUGCCCGAUCCCAAUAAUACGCCCGGGAAUCAGCUUAUUGCGCCUGUUGGUGUGGACGAGCUAAUGGUCGAGGAUGGGGAGCAUUAUCUUUACUGGUACAAGAAGCUCUAAGCACGCGGCCUUAGACGGAGCUGCAGUUUAACCCACUAAGCAAAGUCGAUAAAUACCCGGUGCUAUUGGACUAUAUUUAUUAUAUAUAUGGCCAUAGUCACGUCUCACACACACACAACACACACGCAACAAGCAAAAAGGCACUUACACUCGCACAGGAAUAGCUGUAUGCUACACAGUACAGCUAUUCCUGAGUAAGUGCAUAUAUAACUGCAUAAUAAUGGCGUAAUCAAAAAAAAAAAACAAAGCAAAACAAAAAAAAAGGAAAAAAGAACACCCAAAACAAUACACAGAAAAUCACAAGAAAGAGUGAAAGAUCGGUGAAAGGAGGUAAACUGUGGAAGCCCAGAUUUCCAAGGGAUAACUAGGAUAUAACACCAUAAUAGUUAAUUGCUCUAGACCUCACAACUGAUCUCGAUUCGGAGCACCUCAGGCUAAUACUUAUGCAUAACGAUAACGAUAAUUAAAAAACAAAAAAAAAACGAUAACAAACAAAAAGGAAGAGAGAGUGAUAAAAACAAAAACUUAACGACUUAAAUGCACUAACAACAGGCAUCGAACGGUUAGCCGUUGACUAACGGUAGCAAUCCGUCCGUUUUAGGCCCUCUCAAUGCUUCGCUUCGCAGCUAUCGAUGCUUAUCGAUUAUAUAGUCUCGGUAAUCGAGCCAUAAUCGAAAAUAUCGUUUGUGCGAUAAGCGAUAACUAUUUCGUUGCCCAUUUAAGACACCCAAAGAUGAAAACCAAAACCAAACCAAUGCUUUAUAUGUUAUUGAAGUUAGAGAGUAGGGAAGGAAAGAACGAUUUGAACGAUCCGCCGGAUCUAAUAAAUCUGAAGGUAGACAAAACGGGAGAGGUGGAGAAAGAGGCCAUCGGGCUAGUCCAAGCGAAGCAUGUUAUACCAAACACCGUACGUAACAAUAAGUGAUUGAAAAUCAUCCUUAGACAUACACACAUACUGCAUAAAUCGAUAUAUACAUCUUGCAUAUACAUUUAAAAGAAAGAAAACUAAACAAAACAAAAAAAAAAUGGUAAAAAAAAAACUAGUUUUAUAUGAAGUUAAGCGAACGAAGGCCGUGGCAUAUUAUAUAACGUGUAUACAGAAUAGCGAAAACGAGAAGAGAACGAUACUACCCCAGGACACUAUAUACAAACGCUCUACUAUAUGCCUGUCAAGAACUACUCACAACCCAUUAUUACAGCAUACAUAUACCCAUGCCAUAUUACCCAAAAAUUACAUUAAUGCAUACGUACAUACUCGUACUAUUCGUACAUACAUACAUGCUAUCUAUCCCCUAAUCAUACAUUAUAUAGCAUCCCCAAAACCCUAUAUUUCUUCACUUAUCACUCGGAACUUUCAAGCCGUUGAUCUUAAAGCCUAGCCUAACCGAAAACUACAACUACUAAAACUACUACUUGAGAUCUUUAAGUGCAGCAGCGAAUCCAAAACUAAACUAAACAUUACUAACCUAGCGAUCUAACUAACUCGUUUAUAUUGAUAAGCAUGAAAUUGAGCUUUUUAAUUGUGCAGAACCCAAAUUAGAACACAAGGAAAUACAGCUACAACUACACCGACACCGACACCUAAAACACAGUUGGAUUUGGAGAAAGCAGCGUAGGAUUUGAGGAAUGAGUUAUGUAUGUUCUAUAACCCAGCAUGUCAGUAUGUCCAACCUCCUUCUAUAAUUUCCCACGGAGCUAUUUUGAAGCAAUCCCGACUUUCAAGCGACAGCAGCAGGAAAUUGAUACAUAAAUGCAGAAAUCAACUCGAAUUUUAAGGAAUUGAACUAAUUAGAAUUCGAUUCGAUUCUUUUGCAUUUGAAAGUUUGUCCUUGCUGACUUCUUAUAUUCUGUUUGGUGAGUGGAGAAAGUAACAAGAAC